UCUUGACGUCAAGAUUUCCUACUGGAAUCAGUCAACUAUACAGUCUAGUCUAUACCUAGUGGAUCUAGAGCGAACACAUGCUCUGCAGUAGAACGUACAAGUGAAAAUCUCAUCUCGGCCCAGCCAUCACAUCUACAGGCGGCAGCAGUAAGCGUGAGCUCACGCCCUGCCUCGCCAUCGGGUCUUCAAAAGUCCUCCAGCUCAAUGCACGAAAUUCUGACCAUCCAAUGUGGUGAGAGAGCCAACUACUUAGGCACUCACUUCUGGAAUUUCCAAGAGCCGUACUUUCAAGAGUCUGAUAGUGUGCUGGAUCACGAUGUUCUGUAUCAGCAUGGUAUCUCUCCCACUAGCCUGGAGAUCUACCUGCCUCGAGUCCUCAUUUACGACUGUGCCCGCAAUAUGGGCUCGCUGCGCAAGAUCAACCAGCUGUAUGACACUCAAGUCGACACAGAGUCUGGUACAGAAGUUGUGCAGCCUGAGAGCUUUCGCGUCCAUCCUUUUCAAGCCUCGUUGGAUGAAACGCCAGAUUCCUCACAGCUGUCUGACAACAGCGUCCGCUACUGGUCUGACUAUAAUAUGCAAUUUUACCGUCCAACAUCAUACCUGCCUAUCGAUACCACCGCGGUGGAAAGACCAUUGCUCACAUAUGAGCAGGGUAGAGCUGCCUUCAAGGAAAGGAAUGGCCAAGCGAAUGUUAUGGAUGAGGACUUCCGAGCCUUCGCUGAACAAUGCGACCUGAUGCAAGGCUUCAAUUUGAUCUCAUCCACUUGCGAUGGCUGGUCAGGCUUCACUGCAGAAUUACUGCUUGAGAUGGAAGAUGAGUUUCCCAAGCUGAGCAAAUUCUUCGUGGACGCCGGUCGACCGACCAGCAUGCAACACCACUUCAACCGAGCAGAUGCCCUCUUGGUCUGCCAUGACAUCGUCGAUCUGAUCGUCCCAAUAUCUACCAAGACGUCGUGGACAGGUUCUGCUCUGCCUGGAUUGUGGCUGGAUACUAUCACUCUACCGAUGCGUACAAAAGAAAGCCCGUUGCGUCUUUCGGAUCUUUCAUCAUUUUUGUCGCCACACAACAAGAUUUACCAUGCGCAAGCGGGAGAGCAGAGACUCAACGCUGUUCAUGGCAGUGUGCAGAAUAAAUUCGAGGUUGUUCGUGGGGAUGAAGUAUCCCUGACCUCCAAAGUACUUGAAGGAUCCUUGGUGACCACAUUUACACAUCCACAGCAACAGCCAAUGCCAGCCGCCUUUCCAGAAGGCGUGAAAGAGACUUCUUCCAGCCUGUUGCACAUACCGCGUGGUACGCGUGCUUGGUUACGUGACCUUGGGCGCCAUAUCCACCAAAAACAAGGCAGGUCAGGAUAUACCGAGCGCAAGGAUGUUGUCGCUGCCUUGAAGGAGCUCGAGGCUUCCUAUGAGGAAGAAUUUGAACAAAUUUCAGACAUGAGUUCUGACGAUGAUGGCUUUUAGACGCUUUGACCACACACACGAUACCGUUCAAGGUCAAACUAUCUCGAAACACACUUUGCCUGUCUGAGCUAUGACCCAUGCAGCCAGUGCAGUUCCAUUGUAUCAGACCCUUGCUAUACAAGAACGACCGCUGACCUGGAUUCUGUUUUUCGGACAUCAACCAUGCUGAUAGCGAUUUUAUUUGCAUUGUGUGGGUUUGCCACUGCUCUUAAUGAUAAGUCACCAUCGAUUGCAAAUGGAAGCAAGAUCGUCUUCCAAGGAUCACAGGGCCCCGUCAGCCUGAAUCAGUGCAAGUAAGAGUUUUGGUUC